AUGCUCUUCUCUGUACACAAACACAUCGAGACUCUUGGAGGUUUUCAUCUUUUCUGCUGUGAAUGGCCCAGGAGUUUCCACCAAGUCAUUGUGGAUAUCGCCCUGAAACUCGCCUAUUGCACAGGCCAUGAUCGUGAAGGAAAAGAAAUGUUGUUGGUUUUAAGAGCAGCAGAGAUGUGGGGAGACAAAGAGACUGUUUAUGCCAAUUACCCAGGGCCACCAACUCGGAGACACAACGGAGUCUGUUCUGGGAGACGGGUGAAGGUGGCAGUGUUGACUGUGGCUGUGCUCGUGUCUGUGGCUCUGAUCAUCACUGUUGUCGUCCUUUCCUUUCCGAGACGUUCAUUGAGACUUCACUGUGACGUGGACUGGGAGCUGAAUGGAACAAACUGUUAUUAUUUUUCCACAUUGAAGUUAUCAUGGAGCCAAAGCAGAAGACAAUGUCAAAAUGCUUCUGGAGACCUGGUGAAGAUCGAGAGCCGAGAGGAGCAGAGGUUCCUGUUUGGUAAAGUGAGACAUCUGAUGUCAGAGGAUGAAGAGAAGUUCUGGAUCGGACUGACAGACUCUGAGACUGAGGGAGAGUGGAAGUGGAUCGAUGGUUCUGCUCUGGACCCAAGUUUGUCUUUUUGGUAUAGAUAUGGGGACAAUAUUCAACCAGACAACUGGAAAAAUUCGAUAUCGAGAAUUUUUUUAUCCAGAAGGAGAAGACUGUGGACAGAUCGGGAAGAAAACGGGCUCUGGGUUUGAGGAGAAGUGUUGGUUUGAUCAGUACUGUGAAAGUCUCAGUAGAUUCAUCUGCGAGAAAACAGCAUCUCCAGAAAGUCCAUAGAAAUGACACAGGAAGUGUAGAAAUAUACAUUUAAAGACGCACCAUGUAACUUUUCUGUUGAAGGGUUCAUCUAUUUCCUGAUCUAUGUUUUAAUGUUAUUUCCUCAUCACAAACAGAUCUGGAGUUGUGUUUUGUUUCAUUCACACAUGUUGAACAAACUCUGCAGAUUUAGGUCAUGUGGUGAUACAGGAAGUGCUCCACUGUGUUUUUAAACUCCAUACACCUUCACUAGAAUCAUUUGGAUCAUUUCAGACCUGGAAUUGAAGGUAAAAAGGAGUUGACAGAGGCCAAAAUUCAAAACUGUGACUAAGUCGUGGGCCAAACUAAAUAUUUAUUGAAAAAUUUCAACAACAUCUGGAUGGUUUCUUUUCUUUCCAGAUCUGUAUGUUAAACCUUUUCUUAUUCAAAUAAAUGUUUAAUAAUAGUUUUGCUUAAACUUUGAAUCCAGAACAAGCAGAAUAUAAAAUAAGAACAACAUUUUAAAUAAAUAAUGUCUGAGUUUGACAUGUCUGUAAUAAAGUGAGGGACGGACUGGGAUCAAAAACAGCUCUGAAUAAUCUCAAGAAAUCAAUAAUGAAAAAACUGAAGAAAACACACAAAGAUGAAGUACUUCUGAUUGUUUAUUAACAAAAACACUUAAAUCAUUUCAAA